AUGUGGAGUCUCAAGAAGCGUGACAACUUAUGGAUCCUGACUCUCACCGGCGACGACCAAAACCGCCUCAAUCCAACCCUAAUCGAUUCCCUUCUCUCAACCCUAACAAAUCUCGCUUCUCAAUCCACUCCCGGCUCCGUCCUCAUCACCACCGCUACAGGCAAAUUCUUCUCCAACGGCUUCGACUUACCAUGGGCUCGUGCCGCCGGCUCCGAAUCCGCCGCAAUGGAUCGCCUUCGUUCCAUGGUCGAAUCCUUUAAACCCGUCGCGGCGGCGCUGAUUUCUCUUCCUAUGCCAACCAUCGCUGCCAUCAACGGCCACGCCUCUGCCGCGGGGCUCUUUCUCGCGAUGUGUCACGACUAUGUCAUGAUGAGAAGUGACCGAGGUGUCUUGUACAUGCCGGAGGUGAAUCUCGCGCUGACGAUACCAGAUUACUUUGCCGUCGUCAUGAGAGAGAAGAUCAAGUCGUCGGCAGUGCUGCGUGAUGUGUUGUUGGCCGGUGUUAAGAUCAAGGGGAAAGAGGCGGUUAAGAUGGGGAUUGUGGAUUCGGCGCAUGAUAGUGCAGAGAGUACGGUAGAGGCUGCUGUGCGCCUGGGAGAAGAAUUGGCACAGAAGAAAUGGGUUGGUGAAGUGUAUGCAGAGAUUAGGAAGAGUUUGUAUCCUGAUUCCUGUAAGGUUUUGGGAUUGGCUCCUAAAUCACUCAUAUCUAAAAUUUGA